ACCACAAUGGUGGACAUCAACAGCCUCAAUUCGAGGAAGAAAAAGAAGUGUGUUUUUGCUAGCAUGUAGCUAUUUAUAGAAAUACUGUUUGUCCACCAGCUUUAAUGUUUAGCUUGAUUAAAACAAAUGGCUGCACAGUGUCCAGUUGAGUCCUUUAUAAUAGGAGAGUCCAGUUCUGCGGUUAAUAAUAACGUUAAACAUUUAUCAGUCGCACCGAGUGCUCCAGCUAAAGGGAAGAAGCGAGCCAUUAGCCCGGCGGCUCCGGCGCUAGCACAGCCGAACAGCAACAACAGCAAGCGGAGGAAAGUGCACUCAGUGUCAGGAGUCAGUCACACUCCGGUUCUCCCAGUGGAAUUGGCAGAUGCAAAGGUGGUUACUACACCGGAUGUAGGUGCAGAACCGGUUACAAAGCCUCUGUCUUUUAAAGACCCCAACUUUGUGCACUCUGGUAUUGGAGGGGCGGCCGCAGGGAAAAAGAACCGGACGUGGAAGAACCUGAAGCAGAUUCUGGCAGCAGAGAGAGCACUGCCCUGGAAAAUCACUGAUCCUAACUAUUAUAACAUAGAUGCUCCUCCUUCCCUGAAGCCUCCUAAAAAGUAUUCUGAUAUUUCAGGCUUACCGGCAAACUACACAGACCCUCAGACUAAGCUGCGAUUUACCUCAUCUGAAGAGUUUUCCUACAUCCGUCUGCUUCCUACAGAUGUAGUGACAGGAUACCUGGCUUUACGAAAGGCCACGUGCAUCGUGCCCUGAUCAUCACACAAGCAAAAAAAGUACAAUUUUCUGAAUAUACACUAUAAUAUAAACACUGGGCUUGCUUCAAAAGCUGGCUGAAGGAAAUUACACCAGGCCCUAGUGACUUCCUGCAUAUGACACAGGACUACAGAGACUGAUUUGUUUUGAUCCUUGUUAACGGUACAUACGUACAUCACUGUUAGUUAAUACCUUAUUGAAUUGUAUUUGUAAGAUUUCUGCUGGUUUAUUAGAGGUUAAAAAGCUGUUUUGUAUGUUGCCAUUUCCUUUUGUUUGCUGUAAAAUAUAAAGCUGGGGCUUCUAAAGUGGUGUCUGUUAAUCUCAUUAACAUGCAGCUGUUUUGCUGACCUCUGCUGUUAUGGAUAAUAAAUUAAGAUUGCGAACAA